AAAAAUCAAUCCUGACAUGUCAUCUAGUUUUGCCUUCCAGUUUACGCUGUGUGCACUUAUUAUUCUCCAAGUGGACAGUGAUGUGACAACUGUAAAUGAGAUCCUGGGUGGUUUUGUUACAUUUCACCUCGAUUAUCCUGACUUUGAAUACCCUGCUCACAUCACCUGGAAGAAGGGGAAUACAUUGUUACAUAACAGAACAUAUCAUAGGUUAACUAUCUCUUCUAAUGGAACCUUGGCACUUGAGAAUAUAGAGAAAAAGGAUGAAGGACAAUACACAGUGAGUGUGUAUAACAUAACUGGAAAUCUUGUCUACCAAAGAAUUUUUCAACUAUACGUACACGAGCCAACCCAAAUCCCGGCUGUUCAUGUCUCCGGCCACAUUGAGAGAGGAGAUUUACUUUGUGAGAGGACUAACCGUUCUGGUCUCCGCUUUCAUUGGACGCUGGAUGGACACCCAGUGAACCUGACUGAGACUGAGGAUGAUGGCAAGAGAAUUAUUUUGGCGAAAGAGAUGGCUGGAAAGCUUGACUGUCAGAUUCACCAUAAAAACAGCACUAAUGAGUGUUCUAUCAUAGAACUGGAGUGUAAGGAAAGAGACCUGCUGCAGCAACCUUUGUUCCUUUACACCAUGGCAGCGUGUGGAGGGGGUGCAAUUGUCCUGGCUGUUAUAGCGUCACUGAUAACAUGCUGCUAUCUGAAAAGCAAACAGCAGUUCAUUCCAGUGCCUUCUGAGGAGGAAAAGGAAGAGGGAAUGACGAUGUCAGUCAUCUCCAAUGAAGGAACAAAGAGCCCUCCAAAUGGAGACCACCAUGAGGCACCAUCUGCCCCAGAUGACAGCCCUCCAAACCCUGAAAGCACAGAGACCUGUCAAGACCGUGAGGCAGAGCCCAAGAUGGAGGCAGCGUCUGAGGUGACACCCGAUCCAAAGGUGGUUGUUGACAUCAAAAAUGAGGAAUUUCUGUGCGACUCUUUCCCUGAUCCUAUUGAUCCCUGACCAGACACGCUCUCUGUACCAGCCUGGAGCCUGGGGGGGGCAUCCCCUCUGUAUUCCAUAGUCUCAUUCCAUGUAAGAACUUGUCUGCAAAAUAACUGAAUUAGAGGGGGGAAGUCCACAUGCACACAGAUUACGGGCCUGCCAAUCUUCUUAAAAACCAUGCUUGGACACUAUCAUUAGCAAUGGGCAAACAGGUUCAAAUAUUAAUAAGACUGCCCCAGCUCCAUGAACAUUUGCCUAUUUAUAAGACUGUGCCUGAGCUAUGAAGCUGUGUGGCAUGCCCUGAAAGGAGCUGGGUAACCCUCGCCCCGCUCAUUAUUUUUCAUGUCUUUGCCCCUCUGAGAUUCCUGGCUAGGUACCAGGAUGGACAUUAAUCUGAGACCAAAACCAGGAUGUGUCAGAAAUUUCCUGGGAAAGCCUAUUCUUAUGAGAUUUCCAGCCAUAUUUUGCAGACUUGAGGUCAAGGAAAGGCUGAGAUAAGCAUUCAUUGUGAUGGGUGCUUAUCUGAACCUAAUCCUUUGCAUUUCACCCAUAACUAGUUAUUAUGUGAUGCUGAGAGAUGUGAACCAGCUGUGAUGGCUGGACAGAUUGGAAGAGUAUGACUUUGGGUCUCCCAGUAUAUUUGUUGCUCAGUAAUGACCAACCGGUGGUUAUAUGUUUUCCUUCCACUGAUGCUGAUUGCAUAGUGAGAUGAGUGAUUUGCAGCUGGUGUGUCACUGGACUGCUUGCCUUUAUCAUAAGGGUUUUCAUGGCAUCCACCUAUGAUUCUGAAAAGGUGGCUAGUGUAAAGCUGAGAGUGUUGAAUGGUGUAGUCCUUAAGGCAUUACUGCCUGAAAUAUAAUGGUCUGGCUACUGCAGGCUGAUUAAGCUGGUCUUCUGUGUGUGCUUGGGCUUUUUCUCCUCUGUGUUAUUUGCACAGACAGCUGUAGCUUAGAGAAUUCCUUAAGUGGGCUCAUCCUGGAGCCUGCUCAGUAUUAUACCCAUUGACUUUGCUUAGAAGAGACUUGGGAGUGGAGUAGUGGGGUUCUGAUGGAGACUUGUUAGCAGAGAUAUAAAGGGGAAUCAAGGCAGCAGGGGACCCUACAGGCCAGGAGCAAGGAACACUAGAAAACUGCAGGUGAGUCUAUCCUGGGGAACUGCUGGUUUGGGCUGAGCUAUGUUUGCAGCGUGUGGGGUGGGGGAUGAGGGCUAGGGUGGGUUCAAGAAAUCAAGUUUCCCUUGCUUUGAGAGAGCUGGGGAGGUGAGGGUCAGUUUAAAGUCAAAGCAGGUGAUGCAGUUCAGGGCUGAGCUGCAUUGGCAAAGCUGUGGUGGCUGAGAACAUUGCAUUGCAUUUUCUCUAGUGAAUGCUGUUAUAACCUCCAUUUGGUCACCAUUCACUGAUAUUUGCCACCCUCACCCCGCAAAAAAAAAAUUCCCUGGAAACAGAACUGAGUGGUGGUUUGUACACACUCUCUGAUGCGGGCUGCAUGCACCUCAGUAAGGAACCAUUCCCUGUCUCCUGGCCUGGGAGCUGGAGAGAAUGGCAUACAAUAGCUGAAGAAUCACUUCACACAUUUUGAUGGCAAAGCUCUGUAUUGGUGAUGUCAUUGGAUAGUUUGUUCCUGUUCUGUUUCCUCUGAUUUUUAGGACUCCAUUUAUAAGCUCCUGCAGGUCUAGUAACAGGGAGGCAAAGAUUCUUAGAUGUCAUGUGCCACAGGUGACUGUUCAACUUUCUCAGCUGCUAGGAAAUACCCUAUCUGUUAGGCUCAGACUUUCUAUGAUGGGAAAGGAGUUGGCCAUUUGGAUUUUCUCAGGGUGUGAGGCCAUCUCCUUUCAGCUGGAAUGUUGCUCAGAGCCCUUUACAUGAAUGUGGGGGUGUUAUAUCACAUCCCUUCUGGGAACAUCCAGGUAGAAAUGUGGGGAUACCCAUUGAUAGUGUGCUGUGGGGGAUCUGGAGAGGGGUGGGGGAGUUCAGUAGUGCCAAAGAAGUGCUGGGUCCAGCCAGCUGUGGGGUUUCUGACCUGUCUGCUGCCUGUUGUAGCUGAUACAGCUAUAGGCAAACAGGGUGACAACAAUCUUAGGCUGGUUUUUAAACCCAGGGCUCAGUGAUCCAUCUCUUUACAGGCACAAUUCUGAGACAUUUCUGCUACUGUCAGUGUAGGUCUCAGUUGAACUUAAGCUGGAUUGAGCUUCCCUGUACCCAGGAAAUAUAGUGGAAUGAGUCUCCAGUUCUGUGAGAACUGGUAACCUAGGGUGCAGGAUCUCCAUAGGAGUCCUCUUCCCCCUGCUCCUUCCCUGCAGGCAGACCCCUACCACCAGACUCUACCAUGGAACAGUCUGGUGAGAAUGUGCAUGAGUAGGAUUCUCACCUUGAACUGGGUGCUGGUCAUGAGUGCUGUCAGUUGUGGUGUCCUGUCCUGGCUCAUGUGUUGGGAGGUGGAAGAAGGUCCAGGGAAAGCUAAGAUGCUAGCUAGUGUCAGAGAAAAACUGUGUGGGCGAGCCCCCACUAGCUUUCGAUGC